AUGGACGGAUCAAGGCCAGAAGCCGGGAGACGGCGGCAGCAGCAGGAAGAGACCCUUCUGUCGCCGCUUCUGUCGCCGCGUUUGUCGCCGAUUAGACAGCUAGCGGGCGACGGUGUCGCACGGCCGCUUCAGCGAUUCCCUCAGGUGCUUUCCCUUCAAAGCGCGAUCGCGGAGAGCGCAAAGGAGGAGGAGGAGGACCAUCCAUGGCUGGAGAAGAGUUUCCGUGGCGCCGCGAAUGGCGCCGCGAAAGGCGCAUCUGGUGACACGUCAGCAGCGGCGGAAGAGGCGGAUCCGACGGAGCUGAGCAGCGUGCCCGACGAUUGCCUGAUCCUGAUUUUCCGGAAGCUGUCCUCGGCUGAUCUGAACCUACCAUCACGUUCCGUUGUUCCGUUGUGUCCCUUUCUCCUUUUCCUUAUUCCCCUCCCUCGUCAUCUUUCCCCCUUUCAACCCUCUUCAUCCCUUUUCCACCCCUCUCCUUCCCCCCUCCACCUCCCUCCAUCCCUCUCCACCCCUCUCCACCCCACCCCACGCCUCUCCAUCCUCCACCACCCCUCCCCCUACAGUCUCGACGCGUCCUCUCGUACGCGCAUGGCUCUGCGCGCCUCCUUCCACCUCUCCCCCCUCCUCCCCGCGCUCCUCCUCCGCUUCUCCGCCCUCCAGCGCCUCACCCUCCGCUGCGACCACCCCCCACCCGCCCUCCUCGCGCCCGCGGGGGAAGUUGGAAGCAGCAGCGCGAGGGGGGGCGGCGGCGGAAGAGAGGGCGCGGGCGGGGCAGGCGGUGGGGGGGACUACCAGUAUUAUCACUAUCAGCAGGCGCAUCAGAUGGGGGGAGGCGGAGGCGGAGGCGGAGGCGGAGGGGGGGGGUAUGCGAGCGGGUAUGUGUGUGGGGGGAUGGGGAGGAAACCCAACCCGGCGAGGAGCAUAGGGGAUACGAGUCUACAGCUCAUAGCUCGCUCUCUGCCCCACCUCAAGAAGUUGGAUUUGCGCAACUGCCUCGAGGUGACAGACGUGGGCAUGGAGGCAAUUGCGCGCUCAUGCACGGGGCUGCACAAGUUUGUGGCGGACAAUUACCGGUUCGGCGGCAAGGGCAUUGCGGCGCUGCUGCUGCACUGCACUGAGCUGAACGACCUGACUCUUGUGCACAGUGCCAUUGAGGAGCGUGGGAGGAAUUGCCAGUGCGAGUCAGCCUCUCCCCCAUGCCCGCACCCUUUUCCCUGCUUCCCUCCCUCUGUUCUUCUCUCCCUUUUCCCUGCUUUCCUCCCUCUGUUCUUCUCUCCCUUUUCCCUGCUUCCCUCCCUCUGUUCUUCUCUCCCUUUUCCCUGCUUCCCUCCCUCUGUUCUUCUCUCCCUUUCCCCUGCUUCCCUCCCUCUUGCCAGUGCGGGUCAGCCUAUGCCCAUGCCCGCACCCUCCACCACCCACCCCCUCCUGCCCGCCUCACCCCCCACCACCCUCUCCAUCCGCCGCCUCUGCCUCAAGGACCAACGGAAUGCCGCCAUGUGGCAGCCCGUCAUGGAGGCGUGUGGGGGGAGUUUGGAGACGCUCAUUCUCGGGCGCAACAUGGGCAGCUGGGACGUGGUGCUUGAGGGGCUGGUUGCACGGAACAAGACAGCGGUGUUGAGGCAGGUGAGCCGGAGAGGAAAGGUAAAGGAGUCGGGGGUCACGCCCUCUAGUGCCCCCUCCUCCUCUCCUACUGCUUUUCGCACUGCAGUGAUCUUUCAACUCACCUUAUUUUCCACUCUCCUUUUCCCUCUUCAGCUGCUCGUUGAGAAGACCCUCCUAUCCGACCGCGCUCUGCACGCCCUCGCCCAGUGCCCCCAUCUGGAGCUCAUGGGCAUCGUGCACUCGCCGCACUGCACCGACGAUGGCAUGGCUGCAGUGGCCGCUGGCUGCCCCCAGCUGCGGUGGGUGCACAUCGACGGGUGGGCGACGGGGCACAUUGGGGACGUUGCUCUCACGGCGAUUGCCAAGCACUGCAGCCAGCUGCAGGACCUGGUGAUAGUGGGGGGCUCCUGCACGCUGCCCUCGCUGCAGCAGCUCGCCGCCGGCUGCCCCAAUCUCGACCGCCUCACUCUCUGCUACAUGCGCUCCAUUGGCGACCAGGAAGCUUCCUGCAUCGCCACCUCCUGCCUGAAGCUCCGCCGGCUCUGCCUCCUCGCCUGCCCGAAUAUUACCGACGCCGCCGUUCUUUUCCUCGCCACGGGCUGCCCGGGCCUCGCCACGUUGAAGCUUCGCCGCUGCCCGCUGGUGACCCGGGCAGCGGUGGAAAUGUUUCGGGAGGCGCGGCCGGAGGUGGAGUCCCCUCAUCCCACUCGACCUGACGUUGCCUCUGUACCGCCUACUGCCUCUCUCCCAUCUGCCGCCUCUCUCCCACCUGCCGCCUCUCUCCCACCUGCCGCCUCUCUCCCACCUGCCGCCUCUCUCCCACCUGCCGCCUCUCUCCCACCUGCCGCCUCUUUACCACCAUCCUCCUCUCUACCACCUGCCGUCUCUCUCCCACCUGCUGCCUCUCUACCACCAUCCUCCUCUCUCCCACCUGCCGCGUCGUUUCCACCUUCCACCUCUCUCCCACCUGCCGAAUCUUUUCAACCGGCCCCCUCUUUCCCGCGUGCCUCAUCUGUGCAACCAGCCUCCUCUGUUCCACCUGCCGCCUCGCUGCCUCCUUCCACUUCUCUCCCACCUGUCGCAUCUUUUCCACCUUCCACCUCUCUCCCACCUGUCGCAUCUUUUCCACCUUCCACCUCUCUCCCACCUGUCGCAUCUUUUCCACCUUCCACCUCUCUCCCACCUGUCGCAUCUUUUCCACCUUCCACCUCUCUCCCACCUGUCGCAUCUUUUCCACCUUCCACCUCUGUCCCACCUGUCGCAUCUUUUCCACCUUCCACCUCUCUCCCACCUGUCGCAUCUUUUCCACCUUCCACCUCUCUCCCACCUGCCACCUCUUUGCCAGCAGCCCCCUCUUUCCCGCGUGCCUCAUCUGUGCAACCUGCUUUCUCGUUUCCACCUGCCGCCUCGCUGCCUCCUGCCUCCUCUUUUCCACAUGCCUCCUCUGUGCCACAUGGCUCCUUUGCGGCUCAACCACCAGCAGCAGCAGCAGCAGCAGCAGCAGCAAGAGAAGCAACAAUGGGGAACGGGGGAACGAAGGGCAAAGGAAAGCUGACAUCCCUCUUUCAAGACGCUUCACUCUCGCAAGCGGUAGGAACGGCAGUGGCACUUGCGGUGGAAGUGGUGGGUGGGGUGGCAGUGGUGGUGGCAGAGGUGGGAUGGGAUGGCAGUGGUGGGAUGGUAAGGGGACCUGCUGGCCAAUCACUGACACACACAGAUGGAGAUGCGGCCUCUCGCCUCCCAUCUGCCUGUCCUUAUGCAGUGCCUCGCACCCAAUGUUCCUCUCCUGUCGUUACCAGUAGAAGAGUCUAG